AAAUAAUUACUAUUCAGUGGAAGUGACAGGCAGAAAUAUUAGGAGAAAGACAAUAAAAAAAUAAUUAAAUAAAAUAAUUCAAAAUGGUCCUGGAAAGUACUAUGAUUUGUUUUGAUAACAGUGAUUACCAACGAAAUGGUGAUUACUUUCCCACUCGCUUGAAUGUCCAAAAAGAUGGCAUAAACCUUGUUUGCCUUACAAAAGUGCGUUCCAAUCCGGAAAACAAUGUGGGUCUUAUGACCAUAUCGAAUACUGUGGAAGUUUUGGCUACUCUAACCAGCGAUGUAGGCAGAAUUUUUUCUAAGAUGCACUUGGUGCAGCCUAAGGGAGAAAUCAAUCUAUUGACCGGCGUUCGCAUUGCCCAUCUGGUUUUAAAACAUCGUCAAGGUAAAAAUCAUAAAAUGCGCAUUGUAGUUUUUGUUGGCUCACCCAUAAAAAAUGAAGAGGGUGAUUUGGUUAAAUUGGCCAAACGUCUGAAGAAGGAAAAAGUCAAUGUGGAUAUUGUCAGUUUUGGCGAUCAUGAAUGCAACAAUGAGAUUUUGCAAGUAUUUAUAAAUACCCUCAAUGGCAAAGACGGCACUAGCUCUCAUUUGGUCUGUGUUCCUCGCGGUUCUGGUUUAUCGGAUGCCUUGUUGUCUUCGCCUAUAAUUCAAGGUGAAGAUGGCAUGGGUGGUGCUGGUCUAGGAGGAGCAGGCUUCGAGUUUGGUGUUGAUCCCAAUGAAGAUCCCGAAUUAGCUUUGGCUCUGCGUGUUUCCAUGGAAGAGCAAAGACAACGCCAAGAAGAGGAACAACGUCGUGCUGCUGGUGCCAGUACUGAGGAAACUGGUGGCGAGAAGACUACAACAAGUGCUCCUGCAGCUGCAAGCACAGCUUCUGUAGAUGAACCAAAUUCGGAGGAAGCCAUGUUGCAACGUGCAUUGGCCAUGUCUACGGAACAAAGUGAUGAUAAUUUGCCAGAUUUUGCAAAUAUGACUGAAGAAGAACAGAUCGCUUUUGCCAUGCAAAUGUCAAUGCAAGAUGCUGAUGAUACUGUAACCCAACAAGCUAAACGCCCCAAAACCGAAGAAAAUGCACCCAUGGAAGUCGAUGAAGACUAUUCAGAAGUUAUAGGUGAUCCAGCAUUUCUUCAAAGUGUAUUAGAGAAUCUACCCGGUGUAGAUCCACAAUCCGAAGCUGUACGAGAUGCUGUCGGUUCUUUAAGCAAAGACAAGGACAAGGAUAAGAAAAAUGAAGGCAACUCAGAUAAACAGUAAAAUAAGAGAGUGAAAGGACAUUGAAACAACUUGCGCAUCAUGCAGAAAUAUAAUAAAAAACUAUUAAUCAUUAAA